CCCCGAGCCUGACCAACAGGCUUUGCGUACGCCAUCCCCACGCACGUGUCGCCGGGUCCCCUGGAGCCGCGGAGGAGGUUGUCAGCAGUGGCAGCACUCAUGGCUGGCUUCCUGUGGUGGGCCACAGCCUUUGUCCAGAGACACAGGACAGCCCUCUUGGUGGGCUCCUGCACAAGCCUGUUUGGAGCCCAAAUCUCUUACCACCUCCUUGCAGAUCCUGUUCUCCGAUGGCUGUACCAGUACUGGCCUCAGGGCCAACCAGCCUCACUGGCCCCAGAGCUACAGAGUCUUUUUCAAGAAGUGCUACAGGACAUGGGCAUCCCCUCAGGCCACUGCUACAAGCCUUUCACCACCUUCACCUUCCAGCCUGUGAGUGCUGGCUUCCCAAGACUCCCCGCUGGGGCUAUGGUGGGCAUCCCCGCCAACUUCCUGGGUGGCCCAGUGACCAGCACUAAUCAUCCUGUGGUCAUCCAUGGGCAGAGUGUCAACUGGCAGAGCCCAGCAGGCGUUCGGCUAAAAGAGGCCCUGCUGCUAACCCGUGACGCCCAGAAAUUCACGUUGGCCAGGGAAGUGGUGUACCUGGAGAGCAGCGCUGCUGCCCUGCAGGCCCUGCCGGCCCCAGCUUGCCUGGCAGGAACCUGGGCACUGACUGUGGGCGCCAAGCAUGCACUGGGGCUCUACGGAGGGCCCAUGCAUGUACGAGCUGCCUUUAACUUGGUGGCAGCAGUGGUGGGCUUCGUGGCCUAUGCCUUCUCCACAGACUCCCUCACUCAUGCCUUGGAAGGCUGGCUGGACCGCCGCACAGCCUCACUGUCUACCGCCUACGCCUGGGGUGGAGUGGAGUUCUACGAGAAACUGCUGUCAGGCAACAUGGCUCUGCGCAGCCUGUUGGGCAGCGAUGGAGAGAAGCUGUAUACACCCAGUGGGAACGUUGUCCCCAGACACUGGUUCCGCAUCAAACAUUUACCCUAUACGACCCGCCGUGACUCUGUACUGCAAGUGUGGAGGGUGACUCUGAACUCGGGUCGCGCCUGAGGGGGGCUCAGUCCCCUGAACACUCCCCAGUCAUGCUGCUGCCAUCCUGCCUCUGACGCUGGGUCAUCUCUUAGUCCUUCUGCCUCCACAGCUCAGAGGCAGGAUGAUCGCAGGCAUUGAAGUUCAGAAGCCUAGGUUCUACCUUCACAGACCAUUUAUGACCCCAGUGACCUUAAAGUCCCUUUAAGAAUCUGGGCCUUGCUUUCCUCAACUGUGAAACGGGGAGGAUGCAAACUACCUCGCGGGAUGGUAGGUUUAUGGAAGUUGUGAACUGAGGGCCUGAUAGAGAGCAGCACAAAUGAUAAACAGGAGGCCUCCCUCUUGGUCUCUGAGUUCCGGUAGCCUGUGGGAGUCAGGCCAGGCAUCACCAGCUGAGAUACGUGUGGAACGUGAGCCUUCUCUGCAACAGAACCACCACCCACCCCCAGGUGCUUGAGGGCCAAAUUCCAGUGCUUCUCCCUUGUGUUAUAGGUUAAAAGAAACCAAAGUGUGAAGUUAGUGAGACCCUAGGCUGCCUAAGAUGUGGCCUUAAGGACUACCGGUAGGGCCCUAUAGAUGGGAUGCCAUACCCAGAGAGGAUCGAGAAGGCCGGAGGGAAGCCUCUGCACUGGAAACAGGGAAAGCAUCCCUAGAACCCAGCAAGAGCUAGGCCUGAAGGCAGCAGAAGGAGCAGGCCAUUGCAGAAUAGGCUUUGAUGAGAUGCCCACAGCAUUCCCUCGCGUAUGGAGCACAGUCAGGAUUGGAGAGAAGAGUUGGGUGGGGAAAACUGUGGACACAGGAGAGCAGAGUGAGGUGGUGGCAGUAGGCCUGGCCUGGUAGCACUUUGAACCCAAGGAGAGCUGUUUCUUUGUCCUAGUUUUCUUGAGCCCCCACUGGUGGUCAGAACAAACCCCCAGGGCUUCAUCUUUGGGCAGGAUGCCUUAACAGAUGAAAGUGAGGACAGCUGUGACAGCUGGCUUCAUAAUUCAUAUAAAUUGUGUUUUCCCUGGACGAGUUUUGAGGAAAUGAAUCCUGGUACCAGUGUAAUUCAAGGUACAGGGAUUAGGCCACACUAGGGAAGGGUAUUCAGUGGUGGCAGAAAGUUCCUAGUGGGAAUCCUUGAGAGAGGGCCACCUGGGCUGAAGGAUGGGCAGGACAUGGCCAUCUGCUCGCUCCUCAGCUCUGGGACGUAGUGCACUGUAACAGCUUGCAGAUCCCUCCACGAACCCUGGGUAGGCUCAGCACCUGAUGGGCACACACGUUUCUAGUACUUAGGACACCACAGGGUAUGAAAUUGGUAGGUAGAAAAAGGAAUGGACGAGGCAGGGACUGAAUGAAUCUACCCUGGCAGAUAAGGCUUCGCUGGGCUCCCUGGUAUGUCACCCAGAUGCUUCUGUGUGUCAUAGAGGAUAGGGCUGUGUGGGCCACCUGACUCUUGGCAGGAGAAGGACAUCUUGGAGUCUGGACAGGAUGAGCUCCACAUCACCAUUCUCCUACCCUGUCUACGCUUAGUCAUGGAAGGGGCCAAGAUGGCAGUGUCAGACAUUGUGAGCUGCCCAAAUGUUAAGUACUCUGGUUUGGAUAAGCUUUGACCUCCAAAGGUUCUUGUGUUGAUAAUUUGGUCACUGGUGUAGCAGGGCUGAGAGAUUGGGCCCAAAGGAAGAGUAAUUAGGUUAUUACCAUUAGAAAAGAUUAAUGAUUGUCUCUCAAAGUGAGCUCUGGAGUGAGCAAGUUCUUUAAAGAGAGCUAGACUGGUCCCUCCUCCCUGGCUUCAGGUCCCAUCAUGUGACCUCCUGUAUGCAUUCACGAUUGUGAUGUCAUCCACCAUCAGGUCCUCACCAGAGAUGAAGAGAAGCUGAUGUGUGUUCAGACCUCAAGAAUUAUGGGCUA